AAACCCAGGUUCCCAUGCACUGACAAACAAUACCUAGCGCAGCAUCACUGUCUGGUCACUCCUCUCUCCUCCUCCAACCAGACGCACAGAACCAACACUCUGCCGUGACUUUGAAAAAUCUCUGAAAGCAGUCUAUAGAUUGACCGUCCAGUUAAUGCACCAUGUCCUAUGCGUUCAUUGUCAUGACGAUGCUUCUGGGCUCUCCAGUGGUGAUUGCAUUUGUUUUGCAGCCAUCCAAGGAAGAACCUGCAGCCUCUGUUAACGCGCCUGUUUCUCAUCACAGGUGCCAGAUUGGGUCAUUGCAGUCCAUCAGGAAGGGUCUCCUCGGGACUCUCAACUUGCAGACUGAGCCACAGUUGCCUGCUGGUGGGCUGGAUGGUGUCAGAGAGCAAUGGAGGAACACCUUCAGCACGGUUGCUCACAAAGCCAAGGAUACUGAAGUUCCAGCCUCCUCUGUCCACUCUGUGUCACCUGACGGCGCAAACAGUACAAGCCUUAAGUGCUGUUCCAUGGCCUCUGAGGUCUUCAUGAAAGACUUGGGAUGGGACAACUGGGUGAUCCAUCCUGCCAGCCUUACCAUCAUUCAAUGUGCACUGUGCAACCAUGAAGUUAACACUGAGCAAUGUCCAUCAGCCCACACCGAUGUCCAGGAUGCCGACUCACAGGUGCCGUGUUGUCAGCCCACUUCCCAAGAAAUGGUGCCUGUCCUCUACAUGGAUGAAUUCAGCACCCUCGUCAUUUCAUCUGUGCAGCUGACCCGCAGCUGUGGCUGUGGGCCUGGCGACCUCCAGCAGCCCAGCAGAGAGUAAUGUUUGUUUUACUGUCCUCAGUAUGACCCAUCUGGCCCACACAAAACUACAUGAGAUACAGAAAAGGUAGAUAAUACUUCAAAUGCUGACAUAUCUCCUCUCACUACACUUAUUUUAGAUCCUUUUAGUGUGUAUUCAACACUGAGCGUGGUAACCAAAGCAAAGUCUCUCUCAGUUUUGCAUUCCUUUCUCUCCUUUCUAACCAGAAUGUGCCAUUACAGACCUGUUGAGCCAGCCAAACUGAAAAGUGAUCAAUUCAUAUUUUAGUGGUAAAACUAAUGAUGAUCGUAAUCACACGUUAUUAAUCUAAAAUUACAAUCUGCAUUUGCGUGCUAUUGUGUUUAAUUACCAGUUAA